AUGGCUUUUCAUGAAGACGUGAAAGCUCGAGGAGUUCUCAUAGUUGUGGAAGGACUUGAUCGAGCGGGCAAGACGGUUCAAUGUCAAUUGCUGCUGGAGGCUCUACAGCAACGAGGACAUCAUGUCAAAUAUAUCAAAUUUCCAGGUAACACAACUAUGAAGGUCUGCUUAGGUUGGGUGCUAAAGCAUGCUUGCUCAGACAGGAACAGCCUUACUGGCAAAAUAAUUAAUGGCUAUUUACAGGGUCAAGCGCAGCAAGAUGAUCAUUCUAUUCAUCUUCUAUUCUCAGCAAACCGCUGGGAGGCGGCUCAAAGGAUCAGGUCAGAUCUCUCCAAUGGCAUCACCAUCAUCGUCGACCGUUACUCCUAUUCUGGAGCUGUCUAUUCCGCCGCCAAAGAAAACCCAGAUCUGUCCCUAGAAUGGGCCUGGCAACCCGAGGUUGGGCUUCCAAGACCAGACCUCUUACUGUUCCUCUCUAUCUCGGCUGAGGAAACCGCAAAGCGAGGAGGGUAUGGAGAAGAGCGAUAUGAGACCAACGCAAUGCAGAGCAAAGUAAGGCAUUUGUUCGACCGCCUUCUUAGUAUGAACCAUGGUCACGAUAUCCACCUGAUAGACGCCAGGUUCCCGGUGGACCAAGUGGCAAAAGAUAUACUGAACUCUACUCUCGGUCAUCUGUCCGAAAGAAAGCCGUUGGAGACCUUUGCAAAGCUUCGUUCGUGGCAGGAGUUGACAGAAGCCACCUCCCAGGAAUCCGUGAACUCUAAGACCGGAAGCGCACAGCGCAUCACAUAUUGA